UCCGUCUCUGCCAUCUUCCUCAUCCACCCCAUCCUUUGUCAUUUCCUCCUUUUCUUUUAAUUCAAGGCUGGGUACUGUCUCUGUUUCUGUCUCCAUAUCUACUCUAUUUCUCAUCCCGGGUCACACUCUGUACAGAAUAGAACGGGGAAUCCAUGUUGUAUUGACCCAUUUGAGAGGAUAUCACGUGCCCAUUGACUGUCUGACUCUUCCGGCGAUUGUAUACAACUGCACGACCACUCCAUAGACUGGGCUAAAUCUGUUUAUUCGUUCCAUUGCGGUCAGUAAUGGACCCCACAGUGCUCUCCGAGGCUGGUAUUCCAUCGCAAGGGGAGGACAUGCCGCUCCGCCCUCAGGAUGCCCCCGAACCGUCGGACUCGGCCCUCGAGUGCGGUAUCGGCCACCGUGUCAAGGCCAGUCGAUCCGUCCUGGCCCUGGCCCUCGACGAUGAUUGCGUAUUUGCUGGUUUGCAAGGCGGCGACAUUGUAGCAUGGUCCCUCGAGACCUAUGAUUUGAUCCUCUCCGUCCAGGCGCACAAGGAGAGUGUACUAGACUUGUAUCUCUCCGAGGAUGGGGAUUUGCUCUUUUCCAGUGGCGGAGACUCAGUGAUCAACGUGUGGUCCACGCGGACCUUCGACCGUCUCUAUUCCAUCCACUCCCAUCAUGACGUGGGCGACAUCUUUGCCGUGGCCUAUUCGUCCAGCCUGAAGACCAUCUACUGUGGUGCCCAAAAUACCAGUAUCCAAUGGUGCGACAUCUCCCAAGUGGAUGAGGCGACAACACAAUUAUCCGCCGCCCAACUGUCGCGGCGGACACACCGCUUCUUUGACUCACGCGGCCCGGACGGUACCCGUGCAUCCCGACCCGAUAGCGCCGAUGGAUCUCACGGUGGCCAAGUCGUGACCUUCAAGCGUGACCACCACAAGCUCUUCGCCCACCAUGGCUAUGUAUAUACCAUGCGUCUGGUGCGGGGUCUCGUGGAAUCAGCCCCCACCGAGGAGGUGCUGGUGACGGGUGCGGGGGAUGGAGUCGUCAAGCUGUGGCGUCUGGAACAGGACAAAUCCAACGCAGCGCCCUCGCAGAUGGCUAAGCUCGAGAACGGGGCUCCUGUGCUCUCCUUAGCCGUCGACGGCUCUUUCCUGUACUGUGGUCUCGCGGGAGGCGCGUUAAACAUCUGGAAUCUGGAUUCCUACCAGCUGGUGAAACAGAUCACGACUCAGACAGGGGACCUGUGGGCCGUCGACAUCAUCCAUGGCGUCGCAGUGUGCGGGGACUCAAACGGAAUCGUCAAGAAAUUCAAUUCGCGAUUCGAGGAAGUUGGCAGCUGGGUCGCUCACGGCGGAACGAUGCUGGCGUCGGCGGCGGGCCGGUACAAGGAUCGCCAUAUAUACGCCACCGGCGGCAACGACAACACGGUGGGCAUCUGGGACCUGACCGAAGCGUCUCUCAAUCAAGAUCAACUGUCUUCCAUCAACAACGCAGAUGAGAUGGUCAAUUCGCUGGCCAAGUUGGUCGCGUUCAAGACCGUCUCGGCCAGUCCAAAAUUCGCCGGCGAAUGUAACCAAGGAGCCGCGUUUCUGCGGCGACACUGCGUGUACCUGGGAGCGCACACCAAGCUCUUGACUACAGGCGAGGAUACCAAUCCCAUCGUGCACGCGCGGUUCACCGCGACGUCGCCGGAGAACAUCGACAAAACCAUCCUCUUCUACGGCCACUACGACGUGGUCGCUGCCGAUGCGAACCAAGCCAAGUGGAAUACCGAUCCCUUCCAGUUGACAUCCGUCGACGGGUUUCUCUACGGCCGCGGCGUGUCCGAUAACAAGGGACCCAUUUUGGCGGCACUGUAUGCCGCCGCGGACCUCGCGCGCAAAAAGGAACUCCGGUGCAACCUGGUCUUCCUGAUUGAGGGCGAGGAGGAGUCCGGCUCGCAAGGGUUCCACGAGACCGUCCGAAAAUACAAGCUUCAGAUUGGCCCGGUGGAUUGGAUCCUCCUGGCGAAUAGCUACUGGCUGGACGACUACAACCCCUGCCUGACGUAUGGGCUACGCGGGGUGGUGCAUGCGAACCUGGUCGUCAACAGCGACCACCCAGACCUGCACAGCGGUAUCGACGGCAGCACGCUGCUCGACGAGCCGUUGAAGGAUCUGACCAUGCUCCUCGGGACCCUCGUCGGCCCCAAGGGCCGGAUCAACAUCCCUGGCGUGCAAGAAUCGGUCCUGCCGAUCACCGAAGCCGAACAGCAACGGUACGCCACCAUCGCGCAGAUCCUCCUCCAGCGACACCCGGAGAUCGCCGACCGCGAGGCCCUCAUCCGCUCGCUGAUGCACCGCUGGCGCGAACCCUCCCUCACAAUCCACUCGGUCGAGGUCCCCGGCACCGGCAAGAGCACGACAACGACAAUCUCGCGGAGAGCCAAGGCCAGCCUAUCACUCCGACUAGUCCCCAACCAGGAAGCCGAUGACGUAGCCGCCAGUCUGACGCUAUACGCACAAGAACAGUUCGACGCCCUCGAAUCGCAAAAUGACCUAACCGUCGAGAUCACGGGCAAGUCCGAUCCCUGGCUCGGCGACCCAGACAACGAGAUGUUCAAGACCCUCGAAGAGGCCAUCACCGCCGCCUGGACCCCCGACCAGCACCACCCUGCCAAACACCAGUACCCGCCCGUCCGCGGUGGCGCCCUCGAGCGCACCCAGUCCACGCGAUCCAGCACAACCCCCAGCACAAGCGGCCUCCGCCGCAAGGACUCCUCCGACAGUCUCGCCUCCCACAUCGACCGCAUCCUCACGUCCACGACGACUUCCUCGGCUGGCAAGUCCGCCGCGCGCCACCAGUCUGCCCAUCCUUCCGUGCCCACCUCGCUCACGUUGUCCGGCAAAUCUGGUCCGGCCGGUUCCCGCGGGCGCGACGCACCCGCGUCCGGUACCGCCACGCCGCCCGCCUCUGCCGCGACCAAAUCGACUGUCCGGCCGAUCUACAUCCGCGAGGGCGGCUCGAUCCCCACGAUCCGCUUCCUGGAGAAGGAGUUUUGCGCGCCGGCGGCGAACUUGCCGUGUGGACAGGCUAGCGACAACGCGCAUCUGUAUAAUGAGCGGCUGCGGGUGGAGAAUCUGUAUCGGAGUCGUGAGAUUUUCAGCCAUGUUUUCUCUAGACUGCCGGUGCGGGAUACAAAUUAG